AUGUUGCCUGCGUCCGUGUCUCUCCUUCCCGCAACAACCCCAUCUCUAAGGCUACGCGCAGCUCGCCGCCCUCCCGAAAGUCUCAGUUUCAAGUAUUGCAAGACCGGCUGCUGUCUUCGCGGUUCCAAUCUGGCGUCACAAGGCCAGCAGUCGGGGACCGGCGGCCAUCGUCGUCGCCUUAACCCAGCCCGUCUGCCAGGCCGCGGUGGUCGCAACCGCCGCCAGAAUCCCGCACAGUCCUUCGCCCACAUCCAGGUCGUCCGCCGCGAGGACGACCGCCACCAACCUCGCAACAACCACUCCUACCUCAACGACACGACAACCACAGACCUUUCCUCUCCUUCUUUUAGCCGUACAGGCUCGGAAAACGACAUCACUAGUCUCCGCACCACUCUCACUCGAGACACGUCUUCGAGCUCCGUCGUCGCACCCGGCCACACCUUCGCAGACAUGGCACGCACUGGUGGCUCCAAGAAGAACGACCCGUUCGCUGUGCGAUCCACCCCUUCAGCCGUUGGUCUUAUGAAGCUCAAGCCCAAGUCAAAGACCAAAUCUAUAUGGAAGCCUUUCGACUUGGCCGAGCAAGAGACAUCGGAUGCAUCCGUAAGCCCAGCUCCACCGGAGACGGAUGCUUCCCCAGAUGAAGUCGAGACCCAUUCCGCCGCGAGCAGUUCUCACCUCUUCGCGCCCAUUCGCGCUCCGCUCGGACCUCCGAUUGAAAUGGCGGGCUCAGAUGCUAAAGAGGUUAAAGACGAGAUUCUAGAAGAAUUCGGUCACAAGCUUGCAGAGCCUGUCUGGUUGCGAUCAAACACGGGAAAGCAUGACGGAGAGCUGAGGUUCAUUCAGCAUCCCAACCGCGAUGUUACCGCUCAUUUUUGGUCGGACGAGCAGUUCGAAUGGGUGGAAAUUGGCCUCUAUUCAGUCUCCCGGAAGCUUGCUGAUGGCCUCAUUACGACUGACAGGUACCUUGAGUUCCUGGACAAGACUGAUCGACGUGUCAAAUCGCUGGCCUAUUUCACUGAGCUUGUCAAAGGCUAUCCUCGCUUCCAUACAACCCAUCCGCCUCCGCUAUCAUCCAUGAAGCCGACAGAUGCUAUUCAACACCGCCCAGCUCUCAAUCUUCAGACCAUACCGCCCGAGCCGGCUCGCUACGACUCCCCGCCAACCGUCUCCGAAGCGCUCAAUGACAACAGAUUCCUGAGGCUGGCUUCGCUUACUCUGCGAGACCGCCCUGCUGCAGUGCCCCGACCUAUUGCCACUCGUGGUCCUUCUGCUCCACAGGGCCUUGGCCCUCCGGCUGAUGAUCCCUUCGCCGCCGAUGCGCAGAUCUCGCCAAAGUCUGAGGUGCCCUCUACCUCUUGGCCUACCAAUCUUCGCAGGACAAUUACAGAACAGGACCCAGGAAAGAUGGACUUUGAUUUCCGCUUCCCUUCCAGUAUUAGUAGCCUGCAGCGUGGCGAAGUCACCUCGAGUGUUGCUGAUAGUGACCGCAAGGCUUUCUUUGCCGAGCAAGAGCGCAGCCGUGCCGAGAAAAUGCGCCAGAGCCUCGCACCCACCGACCGCGAGGACCGUGCAGAUACACUUCAGUCUAAGACAAACUUGAUUCCCUUGGGCGGGAUGGCACAGUUUGCGCCUAGAGUCCCUUCUGAUCGUGGACCCUCUUUCCCUGGCCUCGGUCAGAGUACCAAUGUCGCUUCUUCUUCUGGACUGGCCACAUCCAUGACUCCGACGGCGAAGAUCCCGAGUGGUUCACUGAGCAUUCACCAACUUCAGCAGUUGGAACAGCCGAACGAGAGCCGCGCACGCAUGCUUGAUUACCUCAACCGGGUUGGUGACGAGCAACUCCCGACACUGCCUCCGGCCCAAGGCCUUCGUGGAAUUCAGCAAGUCGAUUCGGCAAAGAAGAAGGUGGCGACUGCCGAUCAAUUUGUCCAGUACGAAAAGCCGGUAUCGUCAGGAUCGCAGGUUUCGCGUAGCGCUUUACGUACAAGUGAACCGGAGCCUGAGAACUGCGAGGACCGCAAUUCAAGCGUCUGCAACUCAUUUGGGCUUGGCGGUCCUACACCACAGAACUUCAACGGACCCUUCCUCCAAGAUGACAUGUCUACUCAAAGUAACUCUGGGGCGCAUCGCUUCACUCGUAAGUCACGCGAGGAGGAGUUGGAUGAAUGGUGGAAGUCGGGCUUGCGCACUCAGCGUCAUGAUGACUUCAUGAAGACAUUGACUCGUCCUGGCAUCUCAGGCUCGAGCAAAGACGACUUCCAGGUCACUGAUCGGCUGUUGGUUCCGCUGUACGAGACGCUUACAUCUUACGUUCGUAUUCCUGGUGAACCUCCCAAGAGUCGGGACUACUUCUCACGUUUUGCACCCCCGCCUGAAUGGGCAAUUGAUCGUAGCCGUGCUGGCAACAAGAGCUUCUUCGGGGAGGACUGGGGAGAGACUCCCCGUCGCAUUGGUCGCGACCCCAGGUUCCAGCCCAACUUCGGCCUUCCCAAGUUCACCUUGUUCGAGGACCAGCACGAUGACUCCACCAUGCGAUUUCCACAUGGGAUGCGCGGUGGUCAGGCUGGUCCAGCUUAUGCGCCGUCUCCCUUCUAUGCACGGAAGUUUUGA